AUGAAUCCAGAUACUGUACUGCGUAUAGGAAGAGUAUUCGAAACUCCAUAUGGAGGUGAAGGAGUUGACUUUGUGGAUCAGUUAAAUUAUCAAUUUACAGGUGGAUUGUUGAUUAUUUUCAUAGCCAUAAUUGGAGUCAGACAAUAUGUUGGUAAACCUAUACAGUGUUGGGUGCCACAAGAAUUUACGCAUUCUUGGGAAGAAUAUGCAGAAAAUCUCUGCUGGGUACAAAAUACGUAUUUUCUUCAUCCAAGUGAUCAAGUUCCCGAAGAUGAUUAUGAACUGACUAAAGUUAGAUACAUUGGUUAUUAUCAAUGGAUAGCGAUUGUACUAGCUGGACAAGCUAUGUUAAGCUGGGUGCCACACAUCCUAUGGAGAGUUGGAUCUAAACGCCUACCUGUUCUAUUGAGGUCAGCUAAAGAAGCAUCAGUACCAGACAGAGAACUUAGACAGAAAGCCAUCUCAUGUUUAGUAGCUACUUUGGAAGAACAAGCUGAAUCAACAGCUAGGCAUAGACGUGUUACCAGUACAAUUAAACGAAUAUUUUGUAGCCUUCGACCAAAUGCACGUAUAACUUUUCUGUUUUUCGUAGUUCGUAUUUGUUUUAUUGGUAAUUCUGUUGGACAAAUUUACCUCAUGAAGAAAUUUAUUGGGACCAACAGUACCAUGUUUGGUAUGGAUGUUUUAAACGACUUAGUCAGUGGACAAGAAUGGGAAACAUCAGGUAAAUUUCCACGCGUCACAUUUUGCACUGUACGCGUUCGAAAAAUGGGCCAAAUUAAACCUGCUAGCUACACUCUACAGUGUGUAUUACCAAUCAAUUACUUUGUCGAAAAAGUCUAUGUCUUUCUUUGGUUUUGGUUUGUAAUCCUCACAGUUGUCACUACAGUAAGCACACUGCAAUGGGCUUUCAACACACUUUUACCAGUUAGACGAAUAGCUUAUAUAAAACAGUAUAUACGUGCAAUUCGACAACUUUCAAAUACAGAGGAAAGAGAUUGUACACGAUUUGUAAAUCAUAAUCUUGGUCCAGAUGGUGUAUUGAUACUUCAAGUUGUUUCUAGAGUUUCCAGUGAUCUUAUUGCACUAGAUGUAACUGCAACACUAUGGAGUAACUACAGACAUGCUAAAAUCACUGGAACAGAAGAGGAUAUUAAUAGAUUUUUAGAAAAUGUCAAUCGUGGAACAAAUGCAGUAUAG